AUGAUUCUUAUCAGCAACGGAUACACGGGUAAAAGGCAAGUACGGGCCUUCAUCCUUGUUUUUCUCAUCGAGGCGACAGUGUGCCAGAUCCGCUACUCUGUCCCAGAGGAGAUGAGAAAAGGCUCCUUUGUAGGAAACGUGGCUGAAGAUCUGGGUAUCGACGCUAAAAGACUGAAAUUAGGCAGUGCCCGAAUUGUUAGUGGUGAAAGCAGCGAGUAUAUCAGGCUGGAUGUAGACAAAGGGACUCUGGUCGUGGGAGAAAGAAUAGAUCGAGAGCAGCUCUGUGGGCAGACAUCGCCCUGUAGCUUGAAUUUUGAAAUGAUAAUGAUGAAUCCAAUGCAACUGCACAGCGUCGUAGUGGAAGUGUUGGAUGUAAACGAUAAUGCACCCGUGUUUCACGAGAAAGAAAUGCAUUUAGAAAUAGUAGAAUCUGCUCUUCCAGGUACCGAAAUGUUACAAGUGAGUGCAUCCGACCUAGAUGUGGGUAUCAACGCUUUAAAUGGCUAUACGUUACACCCAACAACGCAUUUUAAUAUCAAGGUCCUGUCCAGCCCCAAUGGUCAUAAAUACGCACAGUUGUAUCUCUCAGGUGCUUUAGAUCGAGAGAAAGAAGCAAAGCUGCUUCUCACGCUAACUGCUGUGGACGGGGGUGAACCACAGCGUUCAGGGACACUAAAAAUACAUGUAACCGUCCGAGACACAAAUGACAAUGCCCCGGUUUUUACGCAGGCAAUUUUCAAGGCGUCUGUUAAAGAAAAUGUGCCAAAGGGAACCUUAGUGGUGAGUUUGAGCGCAACAGAUGCAGAUGAAGGGAUGAACGGUCGUGUCACGUAUCACUUUAAUCGCAUGUCUAGUAAUGUUGCGGAGCUAUUUCUCCUGGAUGAGAACAGCGGUGAUUUGACAGUAAACGGUGUAAUUGAUUAUGAAGAGAAUAAAAUAUUUGAGAUCGGUGUGCUGGCGAAAGAUCAAGGUGGACAAAGCACAUCAACAAAUGUUAUAAUUGAAGUGACGGAUGUAAAUGACAAUGCGCCGGUAAUAACACUCACCUCGUUUUCAAAUGCCAUCGCUGAAAAUUCCCCGAGUGGAACCACUGUAGCAAUCAUUAACGUGAAAGAUGUAGAUUCAAGCAAAAAUGGCAAAGUGAGCUGCUCAGUUGAGAACAAUAUACCGUUCACCAUCCAGUCAUCUCUAAAGAAUUACUACACUCUGGUAACAAGCGGUGCACUUGACAGGGAGCGUAAUCCUGAGUACAAUAUAACUUUCACAGCUGUGGAUGACGGAAGCCCACCACUCUCAACUAACAAGGCCAUAACACUUAGAGUCUCUGACGUCAAUGAUAACGCCCCUGUUUUUGAACAGAGUUAUUAUGAAGCUAAUAUUAUCGAAAAUAACUCACCAGGAUUUUCGGUGUUUUCCGUAAAAGCGCACGACUUUGACUCGGGGCAGAACGCACGUGUCUCUUACCUGCUUAUUGACACUCAGUUGAACGGUAACCCCAUAUCCACUUACAUAUCAGUCAACGCGGAAACUGGAGUUAUACAAGCAGUGCGAUCAUUUGACUAUGAGCAAAUUAAAACUAUAAACAUUCUAGUAAAAGGACAGGAUGGCGGUUCCCCACCUUUAAGCACUAAUACGACCGUGAAAUUAAAUAUCCUGGACCAGAACGACAACCCCCCUCAGGUUCUGUACCCAGUCCAGACUGGUGGCUCUCUGGUGGCUGAGAUGGUGCCUCGUUCAGCAGAUGUGGGCUAUCUGGUCACUAAAGUGGUGGCUGUGGAUGUGGACUCUGGACAGAAUGCCUGGCUCUCCUAUAAACUGCAGAAAGCCACAGACAGGGCGCUGUUUGAAGUGGGCUCAUCGCCCGGAACGAUGGGAUGGCAAGUGCUGUUGUUUAUCUCGGUGCUCUCUCUCAGUGCAGUGUGCGGGCAGGUCAGCUACUCUAUUCCUGAGGAAAUGUUGAAAGGGGCUCUCGUAGGAAAUAUAGCCCAGGAUUUAGGUUUGGGUGUGGAGAGAUUGAAGUCUGGUAAAGCUCGAAUUUACACUGGCAGCAGUGAAGAAUAUAUUGAACUGAAGAGAGAGAGAGGAGCGCUACUUAUUGAAGAGAAAAUAGACAGAGAGUCGCUCUGCGGGCAAACAAUGCCCUGUGCGCUCCAUUUUCAAAUGAUCCUCGAAAACCCAAUGGAGUUUUACACGGUGACGGUCGAAAUUACCGAUAUAAACGACAACCCUCCUACAUUUGAGAGAGGAGAAAUGAAAUAUGAAAUUAGCGAAUCAGCUCUUACAGGGGCACGAUUUGUUUUAGAGAAAGCCAUAGAUGAAGAUGUUGGUGUUAACGGGUUGAGCAGCUACGCCCUUAAACCCAGCGAUAAUUUCGCUCUGAAAACCAUCAUCCGCGUAGAUGGGACUAAACACGUCGAGAUGGUUUUGCAGAAACCUUUAGACAGAGAAAAACAUGAGCAUAUAUCAUUAAUUCUGACCGCCGUUGAUGGCGGUGAACCACAGCUCUCGGGGACAAUGCAGAUUCUCAUAACAGUGUUAGACGCGAAUGAUAAUCCUCCCGUUUGUUCAAAAUCGGAAUACAAAGUGAGUGUGACAGAGAACGCUCCUAUCGGCACUGCAAUAACUACAGUAAUGGCUACUGAUGUAGAUAAAGGCAAUAACGGGAAAGUAACAUACACAAUUUCAAAAUCUGGAGCAGCGAGUCUCUUUAAAAUCGAUGCAGAUAGUGGAGUAUUGACCUUAGAUGGAAAUGUAGAUUAUGAAAAAAGGAGACGUUACGAGCUUGAUGUUCAGGUGUCAGAUCAGGGAGGAUUAUCCGAUGCAUGUAAAGUGAUUGUGGACGUGACAGAUACAAAUGAUAACCCUCCAUCCAUUAACAUCAUGUCGAAGUCAAACACAGUAUCUGAGAACAUGAAACCAGGGACGGUCGUGACGAUGCUUAACAUACAAGAUCCAGACGCAAAUGAAAACGGCAAGGUCAUGUGUGUUUUAAACGAAAAUAUUCCCUUUGCCAUUAAAUCAACAACAAAUAAUUUCUUUACCGUCGUCACUGACAGUGAAUUAGACCGAGAGACAGCAUCAGAGUAUAACAUCACAGUGACCUGCUCUGAUGAGGGAGUGCCCUCCCUCUCCAGUAGCGUCACUCUCACCUUACAGAUCUCUGACGUGAAUGACAACGCGCCUGUCUUUGAGAGGAGCUCAUAUGAGGCUUACAUUGUAGAGAACAAC